AUGUCGGCCCUCCGCGCCGCCCCAGGUGUGUUUGAGUUGCAGCGCAGCAGCUCUUUUCAGGAACCACAGGCAUUGCAGCCACAAUACACACUAGCGGAAGAGGAUGAUUCGGUUGCUCAAGGUGCUGCGCCUCAAGAGGAGAGCGAAUUUGAGGAAGAAGUGGAUGAAUCUGUUCGAGAAGACAUGAGAAAGCUCGAGGAUACCUUUCCAGGAAUUUCGGACAGGUUUCGUCUAGUGAACAGGAUCGGAGAGGGUACAUUUUCCACAGUUUACAAGGCAGAGGACCUACACUACGACCACUACCAAAACGACUGGGAUAUCUUCGACAAAGCACAACAAGAUACAUAUGACAGCCCACCGUCUAAACGAAGACGAGUACAGGGUGACUCAAGUGGGCGGAAAAAGGCACGGUUCGUCGCAUUGAAGAAGAUCUAUGUGACGAGUAGCCCGCUGCGGAUUCAGAACGAGCUGGAGUUGCUACAUGAUCUCCGAGGUUGCGGGUCUGUCUGUCCACUUAUCACUGCUUUUCGAUACCAAGAUCAAGUCGUUGCCGUGCUACCCUAUUUCCCACAUACGGACUUUCGCAUCCAGUAUCGAACAUUCAUGGUAGCAGACAUGCGCCACUAUCUACGAUCUCUUAUGACUGCAUUGAACUCGGUCCACGAACAUGAUAUUCUCCACCGUGAUAUCAAACCAACCAACUUCCUCUACAACCCAGACCUGAAAGAAGGUGUCUUGGUUGACUUCGGUCUUGCAGAGCCCAUGUCUCUGUACUCAUCAAAACUAUGUCCGCCGGAGCCGGAUACUCUCCAGUUACUACUCCAAGAACCCCCCUCAUCAGGAUUGUCAGCCGGCUACCCUCAAAAAGACUCACGGCCGUCGAGGCGGGCAAACCGUGCUGGCACUCGAGGCUUCCGAGCCCCAGAAGUUCUUUUCAAAUGCACAUCACAGACCACAAAGAUCGACAUGUGGUCUGUGGGCGUUAUCCUCUUGACACUGUUGGGACGUCGAUUCCCCUUCUUCAACUCCGCAGACGAUAUCGAUGCAAUGAUCGAGAUGUCAAGCAUCUUUGGUACCCGCCGUAUGAAAACCGCAGGAGCCAUGCACGGACAGAUCUUCGAAACAAACAUUCCCACUAUUGGAGAGAAAGGCUACAGUUGGGAGAAGCUGGUGAAAUGGUCAAGCUGUGUGGAGGACCUGACAGAAAGUGAGGAACAGGCAACACGUCUAUUGUCUGGCCUGAUGGAACUGGACCCAUCCAAGCGUCUUAGCGCCGCAGAAGCCUUACAGCAUGAAUUCUUCACAAACCCCAUCCAUCAUGAUGUCGAAUGGGGCGGUAACCCUGAAGAGAGUGCAGACUCGGCAGAGGAAGACGAAGGGGAAGAUGAAGCAGACGAGGUCGCUAUGCUAUGA